GUUCACAAAAGAAGAAGACGAAGAAGAAGCGGCACCGCUGGUUAAAUGAAAAAUGGCAGCCUCGGUUUAGGGACAUCGCAGUGAACACAGCGCUUAUUAAUCACCUUACACUUUCUGUAUUGAUACGUUUGUGACAGCAGCCACAUUUAGUUGUUGUUGCGCUGACGAGGCAACGAGCCCGAGUAUCUAGAUCCCGGGUUUGACAUCAUUGUUGAAGACCAUGCUGCUCACACAGUGAGAGAAGCGGAGCAGCAUCAUGGAUCUUUCUUCAGAGGAGGGAGAAACCUCCCAUAUGAUCGAUAUGACCACGAGUGAAAAGGUGGUGGAGCUCCUGAAUCAGGCUGCUCUGAUAGCCACAGAGGAGAAGCUUGCUGUUCUCAAACAGGUCCAGGAGCUUAUCAUCAACAAGGACCCCUCUCUUCUUGACAAUUUCUUGGAUGAGAUGAUUGCGUUUCAGACUGACAAGUCUAUUGAGGUUAAAAAGUUUGUCAUCGGCUUCAUAGAGGAAGCCUGUAAGAGGGACAAUGAGCUCCUCCUUAGACUGAUAGCCAACCUGAACAUGUUGCUGAAGGAUGAAAGUGUGAAUGUGGUGAAAAAAGCCAUCCUCACUCUCACCCAGCUGUACAAAGUUACUCUACAGUGGCUGGUACGCUCCAAAACAGUAUCAGACAUGCAGGAGGCAUGCUGGGAUAUGGUCACACAGAUGAAAGGGGAUGUUCUGGCCCAGCUGGAUUCUGAAAAUGACGGCGUGCGCACUCAUGCCAUCAAGUUCACAGAGUCACUAAUUAUCAGUCUGUCACCACGGACAUCAGACUCUGACAUCCCCAAAAGACAGGAGGGUGACAUCAGCCUGGAUAAAGUUCCUAAAGAUCACUCGUACAUUCGAUAUGAUGUCUUGUGCGAGGAAGGAAAGUCUGCGCUGGAGAAGCUGCUGAAGUUCAUGGUCCACCCGGCCAUUUCCAGCAUCAACCUCACUACAGCACUGGGCUCACUGGCCACUAUUGCCCGUCAGAGGCCAAUGUUCAUGUCAGAGGUGGUGCAGGCAUAUGAGACACUGCAUGCAAACCUGCCGCCGACUCUGGCCAAGUCUCAGGUGAGCAGUGUGAGGAAAAACCUGAAGCUGCAUCUAGUGGCGGUCCUCAAGCAUCCCUGCAGCCUGGAGUUCCAGGGUCAGAUCAGCACUUUGCUGCUGGACCUGGGAAUGCCCCAGAGUGAAAUUACCCGCUCCACGCCUGCAUUGCGCGAGCAGCGCAAAAGACCUCGCCAUGAGCAAUACACAGAGGGAAAGAAGGUUAAGAUGGAACCGACCUUGAUGGAAGAUGAUGAGGACAAAGAGGAGCCUGCUCCUCUCACCGCCCCUAAACCAGCCGCUGCUCCAGUCGUACAGUCUGCCAUUGACCUCACAGCUGAGUUUCUGCACCCGCUGCUCAACCCACAGAAUGUUGCCAACCUGGUGCUCAUCAGCAUGGUGUAUCUGCCUGAUGUCAUGCCAGCAUCCUUCCAGGCCACAUACACGCCUGUGGAGUCCGCAGGCACCGAUGCGCAGAUUAAACAUCUGGCCAGGCUGAUGGCAACACAGAUGACUUCUGCCGGGAUUGGUCCAGGACUUGAGCAGUGCAAAGCCAGAGAGGAUGAAGCAUGCAAAGAGGAAGAUAACGAGGAAGACUCUGGAUCUAAAGACCUGCUCAUCAAACGUAAAGUUCCAGCUGUGAUGAUGGGCCAAGCGAUCUCCGUGGUGGGAGGUUACUCAGAAAACGUUCCACCCACUGAGGCUCCCAGUCCCGCCACUGUCAAGAGGCUUCCUGAGCCCAUCCUGCCCACUGCACAAACCAAAAUGACAGGGGCGAGUGGGAGGAAAAAGGUGUUUCGGUUGUCAGAUGUCGUCCAGCCUUUAUCAGACCCCCAGAUUGAGACGUUGACCUCCAAAGCAGUCAAACGCAUCCUACAUUCAGAGAAGGCUAUUGCUCAAAGUGGCAUGUCCCAUGUCCGAGUCAAGCUCCUCUCCAGGCUUGUGACGCAGUUUGACGGGAUGAUGAAAGAAGAUGUGCUGGAGUUUAUUUUAGAUGACAUCAGGACCAGGAGUGACCUGGCAUUUUCUCUCCUGUACCAAGAGUACAACACUUACCUCAGCCAGCUGCCCUCUGGGCUGUUGGAAAGUUAUGAUCACUGUCUCUUCACCCUGCUGUCAGGCCUGCAGGAGAAACCAGAGCAGAGAGAUGGACUCUUCACCAAACUGGUACUGGAGGCUCCCAUUAUAACAGAAUCUGCUUUGGAAGUAAUAAGACGGUACUGCGAGGACGAGUCUCGGGUGUAUUUGGGCAUGACGACUCUGAAGGAGCUCAUCAUCAAACGACCCUCAAGGCAGUUUCAGUAUCUGCAUGUUCUUCUUGAUCUCAGCUCACAUGAAAAAGAGAAGGUGCGGACUACUGCCUUGGCUUUUCUGAAGCGUAUGUAUGAGAAAGACCAGCUCAGAGACUACAUAGAAAAGUUUGCCCUGAACUACCUGCAGCUUCUCGUCCACCCCAACCCUCCAUCUCUUCUCUUUGGGGCUGACAAAGACACAGAGGUGGCUUCUCCCUGGACUGAAGAGACGGUGAGACAGUGUCUGUUCCUUUACCUGUCUCUGCUUCCUCUAAACCACCGGCUGGUCCAUGAGCUCGCUUCUGUCUACACUGAGGCCAUCGCUGACAUCAAGCGCAGUGUGCUUCGAGCAAUAGAGCAGCCUAUCCGUGGAAUGGGAAUGAACUCGCCAGAGCUGCUGCUUCUGGUUGAAAACUGUCCUAAAGGAGCAGAGACUUUAGUCACUCGCUGCCUGCACAUUUUGACUGAUAAAGUGCCUCCGUCUCCUGAGCUGGUGGAGAGAGUUCGAGAUCUUUACCAUAAACGUGUGCCAGAUGUUCGUUUCCUAAUUCCGGUCAUAAAUGGCUUAGAAAAGAAUGAAGUCAUCCAGGCUCUUCCCAAGCUCAUCAAACUCAACCCCAUUGUUGUAAAGGAGGUGUUCAACCGUCUGUUGGGAACUCAGCACAGUGAAGGAAGUUCCUCUGUGUCCCCUCUCACCCCAGGAGACCUGCUCAUUGCCUUACACAACAUAGACUCCACCAAAUGUGACAUGAAGUCUAUCAUAAAAGCUACCAACCUCUGCUUUGGGGAAAAGAAUGUUUACACUUCGGAGGUUUUGGCGGUGGUGAUGCAGCAGCUGAUGGAGCACAGUCCCCUCCCCAUGCUGCUCAUGCGCACCGUCAUUCAGUCUCUCACCAUGUAUCCCAGACUUGGCGGCUUUGUCAUGAACAUCCUGUCCCGCCUCAUUGUGAAGCAGGUGUGGAAAUAUCCUAAGGUGUGGGAAGGAUUUGUGAAAUGCUGCCAAAGGACCAAGCCUCAGUCAUACAGCGUGCUCCUACAGCUGCCGCCCGCCCAACUGACGAGUGUGUUUGAACGCUGCCCAGAGAUGAGAGAUCCUCUUCUACAGCAUGUCCACUCCUUCACCCCUCAUCAGCAAGCUCACAUACCCACCUCCAUCAUGACGAUCCUGGAAGCAAAUAAAAAGUCACAGCAGAAGCCAGUAGAGCCUGUUGCGGAGAAAGAGAUCGAAACACUCACUGCUCCAGCUGCCCCAGUUUCAGAAAUGGCUCCCACUGCAACCCUGAAAGAACCAGAGAUGGCAGUCCAGCACGAGCCGGUCCAACACGAACAGUUCCAGCAGGAGCUGGUCCAACAAGAACAGUUCCAGCACGAGCCGGCCCAACAUGAAUCGUUCCAGCACGAACCAUUCCAGCAGGAGCCAGUCCAACAGGAACUGCUCCAGCCUGAGCCGGUCCAGCACGAGCCGGUCCAGCACGAGCCAACCAUCGUGCAGGAUGAAGAACCAAUGGAGCAAGAAGAGUUUGAACCUGUGAUACAAGAGGAAAGUGUUGACACUGUCUCCCAGGUGGAAUUGGAGAGAGCAAGUGAGACACCUUCACCUCAGCCAGAACCAGCUGAGGAGCUAUCGGAGGUAUCUCAACCUGAACCUUCAGAUCUCCAGGAGCCAGAGAGAGAUGUUGAAGCUGAAGUCACCGGCUCUGAUGCUGAAAGCGGAAGCGAGGAUAUGGAAUGACAAAUACACUCAAAGUAAAAGAAAUCUGUCCUCAACAGUUAAGUUUUUUUUUACGAUUUUGUGUCAAGAAUUCUUUUUGUAUUUGUAGAAAACAGACUGAGGAAAUAAAUACAGUAUAAUAAAGUUUUGUGUACGGAAGUGUUCCGUAUGUCUUCAUUGUCAUAUUGAGUUGGCAAAUAAAUUAACAAAACAUUG